UACCAGGUGCCACUCCGUUUCCCGCCUAAUCAAACGAAUUGGAUACGACGUAGUUAUUAUAACAUUCUUAGUUUUUUCACUUAUAUUUAAGUUAUAAGGUUUGUGAUUACAAUAGCACAUAUUAGAAACGAACCUUUGUCAUUUUCCUGUAACAUUUAAAUUCUGAAAAUUUGUAAUUUUAGAACUGUAUGAAUUUACCCUGUGGUUGUUUGGUUUUGUAAAUAUGAGUUUGUGGGUUGAUAAGCACCGACCAACAAAUUUGUCAAAACUAGAUUUUCACAAGAAACAAGCUGCACAUUUAAAGAAAUUGGUUCAUGGUGGCGACUUUCCACACUUACUGGUUUAUGGACCAUCAGGUGCAGGGAAGAAAACCAGAAUCUUAUGUCUUUUAAGAGAGCUGUAUGGAGCUGGCACAGAGAAGCUACGGAUUGAGCAUCAGCAUUUUCAAACUCCUUCAAAACGAAAGAUUGAAAUUGUUACUAUAGCUAGUAACUACCAUAUUGAAGUGAACCCAAGUGAUGUUGGUAUCUAUGAUAGAGUGGUUGUUCAAGAGCUCUUGAAAACUGUUGCUCAGACCCAGCAACUGGAAACCAACUCACAGAGAGAAUUUAAAGUUGUCAUCUUGAAUGAAGUCGACAAGUUGACUAAAGAUGCUCAACAUGCCUUAAGACGAACAAUGGAAAAGUAUAUGUCCACUUGCCGUCUCAUUCUGUGCUGUAAUUCUUCCAGUAAGGUGAUACCGGCCAUCAAGAGUCGUUGCCUCGGUGUUAGAGUGCCAGCUCCUACAGUAGAGCAGAUAGUAACAGUGCUACAAACUGUGUGUAAGAAGGAGAGUUUGAGCAUUCCACCUGAGCUUGCUGAGAGAAUUGCAGAAAAAAGCAAUAGAAACCUUCGUAGAGCGAUCCUAAUGUGCGAGUCGUGCAGAGUGCAGCAAUACCCCUUUGUUCCAGACCAAGAUAUCCCUGAGCCUGAUUGGGAAGUGUUUCUGAAAGAAACAGCUAAAUUAAUUGUUCAAGAACAAAGUCCUCGAAAACUGUUCGAGGUACGGGGAAGAAUAUAUGAACUUCUUAUCCACCUUAUUCCAUGCGAAGUAAUCUUUAAGGGUUUGCUGAAAGAGCUUGUGAAUAACUGUGAUGGCCAGUUGAAGGGUGAAGUCACGCAGCUUGCAGCAUAUUACGAGCACAGGCUACAGCUGGGAAAUAAAGCCAUCUAUCACAUAGAAGCCUUCAUUGCUAAGUUCAUGUCUAUAUACAAGAAGUUUCUGGAAGAAAGUAUGGCUGAUGUUUUUUGAAAUUCCAGGUGUUGGAGAUGUUUACUGUUGCUCAUAAUGCUUAAUUUUCAGAUAUUAGACAUGUCAGAAACCCAUUGUAGUAUGAAAAAUAAAACACUUUAUUAUGUCUCAGAAA